AUGAUAGCCGUCUGGACUCCUUUGCAGAUGGAAGGGGUUUACCAGCUUCCCGGGGAGAGCGUGAAGCAGAUUAUGGAAGAGGCUGUCACCCGGAAGUUUGUGCACGAGGACAGCAGCCAUGUCAUUGCACUCUGUGGAGUAGUAGAAGCAUGCCUUCUGCACUUGCUCAAACGGCGGGCGGCUGGCUUUCUGCGAACGGACAAGAUUGCUGCCCUCUUCACCAAGGUGGGCAAGACGUAUGAUGUGGCGGGUGAGAUAUGCAAGACAGUGCAGGACCUCCUGCAACAAGUCGAUGGCAGGAGGCCUCAGCCAGUGGGCCAAGAAUCCCUUAAGAGGCAGAGCUCAGCCACAAGCAAAGCCCCUUCCCUGACCCCACAAGCCAUAAAGCACAUUUGGGUGCGCACUGCUUUGAUUGAAAGAGUCCUGGACAAAAUUGUCCAGUACAUUGUGGACAACUGCAGCAAAUACUAUGAGAAGGAAGCUUUACUGGCAGAUCCCGUCUGUGGGCCCAUCUUGGCGUGCCUCCUCGUUGGCAUGUGUGCACUGGAAUACACCAAACUGAAAACAGCCGACCACUUUUGGACGGAUCCUUCGGCAGACGAGUUGGUACAGAGGCAUCGUAUCCAUGGAGCCCACAGUCGCCAGGACUCCCCAUCCAAACGGCCGGCCUUAGGCAUACGGAAACGACAGUCGAGUGGAAACUCCUCGGAGGACCGUUUUGCGGCAUCUGCCAGAGAUUACGUGGAGUCCUUGCACCAGAAUUCCAGGACGCAUUUGCUGUAUGGGAAGAACAAUGUCCUGGUCCAGCCGAAAGACGACAUGGAGGCCAUCCCAGGUUACCUCUCUCUUCACCAGUCUGCCGAUUCUUUGACUUUAAAAUGGACACCAAACCAGCUCAUGAACGGGACGCUGGGGGAUUCGGACCUCGAGAAAAGCAUCUACUGGGACUACGCCUUGACCGUCCCCUUCAGCCAGGUGGUCUGCCUCCACUGCCAUCAGCGACAAAAAGGCGGGACCUUGGUGCUGGUGAGCCAAGAUGGCAUCCAGAGACCCCCCCUGCAUUUCCCCCCCGGCGGACACCUCCUCGCCUUCCUCUCCUGUCUCGAAAACGGCCUCCUGCCCCGCGGACAGCUGGAGCCUCCCCUGUGGACCCAGCAAGGAAAGGGCAAAGUUUUCCCAAAGCUUCGGAAACGGAACAGCCACAACCGGUCUGUCGAUCUGGAAGAAAUGCCUGUGGCGGAGAUGGCUGCUGAUUACGUCUUCAGAAUUAUUUACCCUGGGCACAGACAUGAAAAUAUAACUAUUAACUACCACCACUUAGCUGCCAGUCGCUCUGCCUCUGUCGACGAUGACGAGGAGGAAGAAGAUAAGCUGCACGCAAUGCUAUCCAUGAUCUGCUCUCGGAACCUCACAGAUCCUAAAAGGAUGAAAGAGAUCGGCGACAUGAUGGAGACGCAGGGAUUCCGCACCGGCUUGUUGCCAUGGCAGCUGGAGCCCUGCAGCCAAGGGUCCUCGUGCCUGUCAUGCUCAACAAGCAGCUCUCCUCAUGACCUCCCCAGCGGCUGCAGCUGCAUUCACGACAGGACCCCUCUGAAAAUGCUGUGCGAAAGCAUGAAGAGGCAGAUUGUUUCCAGAGCUUUCUAUGGGUGGCUUGCCUAUUGCCGCCAUUUGUCCACGGUACGAGUGCACUUGUCUGCUCUGGUGAAUCACACAAUCAUCCCACCAGACAAGCCCACAAAUGCUGCGGAAGGCCUGACCCAAGAGGGGUGGAGCAAAUAUCAAAAGGACAAGAAGAAUUACAAGGAAUUGGAACUGCUGCGGCGGGUUUACUACGGUGGGGUGCAGCAUGAAAUCCGAAAGGAGGUGUGGCCAUUUUUACUGGGGCACUACAAGUUCGGCAUGACCAAAAAGGAGAUGGAUCGGGUGGAUGAGGAAAUUAUGCUCCAGUACAAGAAGGUCAUGGCUGAGUGGAAAGCCUGUGAGACGAUUGUGAAGCUGCGGGAGAAGGAGUCUCAGCCGGUCACCAAGUUCUCCUCCGGCAGCAGCAUAGAUAGCCACGUGCAACGGCUGAUCCACAGGGACUCCACCAUCAGCAAUGAUGUCUUUAUAUCUGUUGAGGAAAUGGACUCUGUGCCGCAGGAGCCGAAAGUGCCGGCGGGCCCCUCUUUGGCGGGAGGGAGCGUCGAUGUGCCCACGGUGGUGGCCGUGCUGGAGCAGCAGCCCUCAGUGGAAUUCGACUCCCCCGACUCCGGCCUGCCUUCCUCUCGGAAUUACUCCGUCACCUCGGGCAUCCUGUCCAGCAUUGACGACGGGCAGAGUGUCUGCUUCGAGGAUGGCAUGGAGGAAGAAGGCGGCACUGAUCCGCAAAGGCCAGGCGCAGAGCAGGCUCAGAAGACAAAGAGCUUGGAAUCCGACAGCUCGGUGACCGAGGAAUCACUGUGCUCCCUGGUGGAGAGUCGGGCGCCCGCGGAGGAGACCCUUUCUGUCUGCUCUGCCGCUUACACGAUAGAAAUGUUGGACACUGUUGCCUUAAACUUGCACAGAAUCGAUAAAGAUGUCCAAAGGUGCGACCGAAAUUACUGGUACUUCACUGCUGAGAAACUGGAGAAACUUCGGAACAUCAUGUGCAGUUACGUUUGGGAACAUUUAGAUGUUGGCUAUGUCCAAGGAAUGUGUGACCUUCUGGCUCCCCUGAUGGUUAUACUCGACAAGGAUGAAUUGGCCUACAGCUGCUUCUCUCACCUGAUGAAAAGAAUGAGCCAAAAUUUCCCCAACGGGGGUGCCAUGGACACCCAUUUUGCAAACAUGCGGUCACUGAUCCAGAUUCUGGACUCUGAGCUUUUUGAACUAAUGCAUCAGAAUGGCGACUACACUCACUUCUAUUUCUGCUAUCGCUGGUUCCUGCUGGAUUUUAAACGAGAAUUGUUGUACGAGGAUGUAUUUGCAGUGUGGGAAGUUAUUUGGGCAGCAAAGCACAUCUCUUCAGAACAUUUUGUCCUUUUCAUUGCCUUAGCACUGGUGGAGCUCUAUCGAGAGAUUAUCCGUGAUAACAACAUGGACUUCACCGAUAUCAUCAAGUUCUUUAAUGAAAUGGCAGAACAUCACAAUGCCCAGGAAAUCCUGCAGAUAGCCCGGGACUUAGUCUGCAGAGUUCAAACGCUUAUUGAGAACAAGUGAGCCUGGAUGCCGGGGGGAGGGGGGGACAGAAGAGCCACAACGGAUCACUGCCAGCGCCUCUCUCGGACCUCGGAGUGGGGGAGCCGUGGGGGUGGGAGGAGGCUCCCGGCACGGCCACGCCAGCUGGUGUUUCAGCCACAUCUGACAUGUACUUGCAGUAAAUAUGCCAGAGAUUUCUAAGAGAUUUCUAAACAAGGUUUCCCCACCACCACCACCAGACGAGUUUUAAUCUUUUAGUCUGCCCAAAUUGUCCUGUUCGGCUGAUUGCAUUUCUCUGUCUUCAGGAAGCAGCUACUUGCACCCAGGCGGCUGACCUGUGGGGGGCUUUGGGGGAGCAAAAUGGUGUCUCCUGGCCGGGUUCCCUUUCCUGUGCUGCAAUUUGCAGAAAAGUCGUCUGCCCGCACUGCCUCCCGUGCCAAGGAGGCUGCCCGACAGGCCACCCUCUGCCUCUGAUGCGUGAACAUUUUUGUGUUCAGAAGGGGGCGAGGCUCACUGUUAGCCCACCGUGCAUUUAAUACAGCCAGUUCCUCCCUUAGAAGAGGAGGCUUCCUGCUGGAAGUGUGGGCAAGAAUUCAGGACUGUGCAAGUGUCAGAGCUUGUGUGGAUGGGCGGCCAUCCAUAAGGGGAAGGCUAGCCAGAUAAGGGUUCCCUUCUCCCUUCCCCUAUCCCCUUU